AGCUUCCAUGAUUUUCCCAAAAAAAAAAAAAAAAAAAAAAAAAAACAGGUCAGGAUCUGCCAUCCCCAGCAAUGUGCUGGCGUUUGUUGCAGAAAUAUGGCUUCUAGUGCACCCACCCUUCAAAGCUAAAACCCCCCAAAGAAAUCGAAAUUAUAACCAUGGCUUUGCUUUCUUCCUUCCUUUCCCUCCUUCUUCUUCUUCUUACCAUAGCUUCUGCAGAUUCAGGUCCUCCAUCUUUGUUCUUCCCAGGAUUAAUCUACAGUUCAUCUUCCUUAAAAAACCCGAAGCCAAGAACAACAAUAACCUACAAAACCCAUUAUUUCCCCCAAACUUUAGACCACUUCACAUUCCAUCCCCAAAGCUACAAACUUUUCCCCCAAAAGUAUCUCAUCAACACCCAAUUCUGGCACAAAAAUGGCCCCAUUUUCGUCUACACAGGCAACGAAGGAGACAUCGAUUGGUUUGCAGCCAACACAGGUUUCUUGCCCGACAUUGCCCCCAAAUUCAACGCCCUUCUUCUCUUCAUCGAGCAUAGAUUCUACGGAGAAUCGAAGCCGUUUGGGAAUAAAUCGACGUCGACGGCGAAGAAACUAGGGUUUUUGAACUCGCAGCAAGCGAUGGCUGACUUUGCAGUUCUGAUAAGAAGCUUGAAGAAGAAUCUGUCUUCUGAAGCGUCUCCAGUUGUGGCCUUCGGAGGAUCCUACGGUGGAAUGCUUGCUGCUUGGUUUAGACUGAAAUACCCUCACGUAGCCAUUGGAGCAUUGGCUUCUUCAGCUCCAAUUCUACAGUUCGAUAAGAUCACUCCAUGGACAAGUUUCUACGAUGCUGUUUCCCAGGAUUUCAAGGAAGCAAGUUCGAACUGUUUUCAAGUGAUCAAGGGGAGCUGGCCUGAGCUCCAAGCCCUAUCCACCUACAAACAAGGAUUAGCCGAGCUGAGUCGAACAUUCCGGGCUUGCAAACAAGUUCGAUCCAUAUACUCCGCGCGAGACUGGCUAUGGGAAGCCUUCGUUUACACGGCGAUGGUGAAUUACCCGACAGCCGCAAACUUUCUGAAGCCGCUUCCCGCUUACCCCGUAACAGAGAUGUGCAAGAUUAUCGAUGGAUUCCCGCCGGGAGCUACGAAGCUGAGCCGAGCCUUUGCAGCCGCAAGCUUGUACUACAAUUACUCGUCGAGCCAGAAAUGCUUCGCCCUCGAAAAUCCGAGCGACGAUCAUGGCCUCAGCGGUUGGAAUUGGCAGGCGUGCACGGAGAUGGUUAUGCCGAUGGUCGUCUCGAACGAGAGUAUGUUCCCUCCGUCGUCGUUUAGCUACAAAGAGUUUUCGGAUGAUUGCGAGAAGAACUACGGAGUGAGGCCUCGUCCACAUUGGGUCACGACCGAGUACGGCGGCACGGACAUCAAAUUGGUGUUGAAGAGGUUCGGAAGCAACAUUAUAUUCUCGAACGGGUUGCAAGAUCCAUGGAGCCGAGGAAGCGUGCUGAAGAACAUAUCCGACACCAUUGUGGCUCUCGUCGCCGAGAAAGGAGCUCACCACACGGACCUUCGAUCGGCGACGGCGGACGAUCCCGACUGGCUGGUCGAUCAGAGGAGGCAAGAAGUUCAGAUCAUCGAAAAGUGGAUUUCAGAUUAUUACAAAGACUUGGAGGGAGCGUAGAGAGCUGCCGAAGUUGUGCAUGGCAAGAAAAGCUUAUUGUGAAGAAAUGGAGAAAAGUAUAUUACAGAAAUAUACGAGGAGGAAGAAGAAUCAUUGCAAGAAUCCUAUGAUGAAUUACUGAGGGCAAUACAAUUGAAGAUUGUAUUGUUAUUGCUAUUGUCCCAAAGGGAAAAUAAAAAUACAUCUCUUAUAAAAUAUUUAUUUUAUUUAUCA